AGAGAGAACGUAAACAAAAAUACGGAAGUAAAACGGAAACUCAAGAUCCAAUCGAGUCACGCUAAAACAUCGAAGUUUAGAUGUUUUUGUUUAUAAAUAUCAAAAUAAUUGCGUGUAAUAUUGAUUAGCCUUGGAGACCUAAAAGGAAUCGGUGUGCGAUGGAGGGCUCAAAGUCUUCGAGCACGACAAUGCAGGUUAGCUUCGUUUGUCAGCGCUGCUGCCAGCCACUAAAACUGGACACGUCCUUCAAUGUCUUGGAUCGGGUCACUAUUCAAGAAUUAAUUGCUCCUUUAGUUACAGUGACCCCGAGCAAACAGCCAGAGAGCAGUGAAGGGGGAGAGACAGCGCCAGAGGAGACAUUUGUAGAGAACAAACAAGAUGGUGUCUCCAGAAAGUACAUCCCCCCUGCACGCAUGAUGUCCACAGAGAGUGCCAACAGCUUCACUCUGAUUGGAGAUGCUUCUGAUGGGGGAACCAUGGAAAAUCUAAGUCGUCGACUUAAAGUGACAGGUGAUCUGUUUGACAUCAUGUCUGGUCAGACAGACGUAGACCAUCCAUUGUGUGAAGAAUGUACAGACACCUUGUUGGACCACCUUGACACACAGCUUAAUAUCACAGAGAAUGAAUGUCAAAAUUAUAAGCAGUGUCUGGAGCUGCUGUCACAGCUGGAGGUAGAACAGGAGGAAACACUGUUGGCAGAGUUACAGCAACUGAAGGAGGAAGAGGAUUCUCUGAUACAGGAGCUAGAGGCAGUGGAGGAGCAAAGAGCUGCAGUGGCACAAGAUCUGGCUCAGAGCAGGGUCCAGUCUCAGCAGUUAGACACAGAGGAGCUGCAGUACCAAAAAGAGUACAGCGAGUUUAAACGACAACAACUAGAGCUGGAUGAUGAAUUAAAAAGUGUCGACAAUCAGAUGCGAUAUUGCCAGAUACAGCUAGAUCGUCUGAAAAAGACCAAUGUCUUCAAUGCCACAUUUCACAUAUGGCACAGUGGUCAGUUUGGUACAAUCAAUAAUUUUCGCCUGGGUAGACUUCCCAGUGUCCCUGUGGAGUGGAAUGAGAUCAACGCAGCCUGGGGGCAGACAGUGUUGCUGCUUCACGCUUUAGCCAACAAAAUGGGGUUACGCUUUCAAAGAUAUCGCCUUGUGCCCUAUGGAAACCAUUCAUAUCUAGAGUCACUAACAGAUAAGUCAAAGGAACUUCCAUUGUAUUGUUCGGGUGGUCUAAGGUUUUUCUGGGACAAUAAAUUUGACCAUGCCAUGGUGGCCUUUUUGGACUGUGUACAGCAGUUUAAAGAGGAGGUUGAGAAAGGAGACACAGGUUUCUGCCUCCCAUACAGAAUGGAUGUGGACAAAGGAAAGAUUGAGGACACAGGAGGCAGUGGAGGCUCUUACUCGAUCAAGACUCAGUUUAACUCAGAAGAACAGUGGACGAAGGCGCUCAAGUUUAUGCUCACAAAUCUGAAGUGGGGCUUGGCUUGGGUCACCUCACAGUUUUACAAUAGAUAAAUUAUGGUUUAAUUUUCACAUCUCUGUAUAAACAUUUUAUAAUUUGCUUUAAAUUUAAAUGGAGUGAAGUGUGCAGCACAUUUAAACAAUCUAUCAAGUCUAGAAGACUCUGCAUGAAAGGCUGUCUCCUAUUAAGGAGGCCAAGCACUGGGAGCAAUAUUAAAAAUGUUUAUACUAAUAAUUCUUACAUCUGAAAAUGUAAUCUCUUAACAUUUAGUUAACAACUGACAGAAUUGUUGGAGGGUGACACAUUGACCUAAAAAUCUGAGUAUUUGUCAGUAUUUAAAUGUUAUUGGGAAUUUUUAUCAUUUAUUUGGCUAUAAUUAUCCAAUGUAAAUAUGCCAAUAUCAAACAUAUUUAAUAAAAGGUUUGUUAUUCAAAGAUUGUAUGACGCUGAAUACAAAAUGACAC